AUGGACCACUUGAAGACUAGCGCCUUCCCAGCGGGAUACGAGAGCGAUAACAGCAGCGAUGAGUGGUACAUGGAGCGUCCCCCUGACAAAAAGUCUUUCGACGUUCAGAAUCUUGAUAAUGCCAUGGCAGAUACUGUAGAUAAAGUCUGUUUACUGAAAAACGCCAUCAGUGAAGGCAAUGUUGGUGCCAUUGAACAGCUGCUGGACAAUGGCAUAGAUGUGGAUUGCAAGCUGUGCUUUGACUGGACUCCUCUGAUGUGUGCUGUUGGUGUGGCGAACGACAACGUGGCCAAAUUCCUUCUGGACCGAGGAGCCAACGGCAACUUUAGCAAAGAUGGCUGGACCGUGCUCAUGGCUGGCUGUACUGCACUUGCCAAGGAGGACAAAAUUGCUCGCUGUGUGGACCUUCUGCUCUCCAGGAACGCUGAUCCCAACAUGGCGGAUAGGUCUCAAGUGACGUGCUUGAUGCUGGCCGCCAGAGACAAUUACUGCAAGGUCCUUAACCUGCUGGCGUCCCACGGGGCUGACCUCAAUAUGCAGGACGCCAACGGAUACACCGCCUUGUCGCUUGCCGUGCACCACGGCCGGGAGAAGGCCGUGCUGAAGCUCCUCCAGCUCGGAGCCGACAGCACCAUCGUGACCAAUGCAGGAAAGAGCCCCGCUCAGCUGGCUCUGCUUCUCAAGCACGCUCAGAUCUCCAGGAUCCUGUCCUCCUCAUGGAAAAUAGAUCCUGUCCUGCCUUUCAGCUCCACUGAGGAAUCACUUUCCACAAGCAUCAAGACCAAUACUCAGCCUCCAUCUUUUGUGGAAAGCGUACCCAAGCUGGAUGACCUGGAGCUCCUCCUUCACGGCCUGGAACUCGGCUAUCUCAUUGACAUCAUGCAUGAGAAGGACAUCGCCUGGAGCGAGCUGCUGACUAUGGAGGAGGAGGACCUGGCCAAGGUUGGAAUCACAGAUGCAGAGGACCAGCAGAAGGUUCUGAGUGCCGUGCGUCAGAUGCAUUUGGACAAAGUGGAAUUGGACACCAUUGAGGGACUUGGGGUGAAUGACAGCGGGAGUUGCCUUAACUUUCUGAUCAAGCUGAAGCAGCACUGCUGCUGCCUGACGGAAACCAUUCAAGACACCAUCCGCCGCUUUCCCAUGCAGGUCUCCAAGCUGGUCUUCACACUGGACCACAAGAGGGAGGCGCAGGCCGUGUGCAGCCAACUGAUGGUGCAGACCAGAGACCUGCAGACCGAAGUCAACUGCCUUCACAAUCUGCUCUGCCAGAUGAACGAGGCCCCGAACUACUGUAGACUUCCGCCUCCUGUCGCCCACGGCAACAGGAAGCUGCCACCCCUCGCGAGGGUUGCUGUGGGGACACUGGGGGCCGCCCUCCUCCUCUUCUUCAGCCGCCGCUAUCUGCCCAAGUGA